AUGGAUGUGAAAAACAACAGCCUUUUAAGCCUGGCCAUCAAAAGUGUGCUCGACAACAUCGAGAGCUACGAUAAGAACCUUGUGAAUUCGACCAUUGGUCCUGUCAGGCGUGAUUUGCUCGAGGAAUCGUGGAAUAAUAUCAAGAACCAUUCUCACGAACACUGCAGCAACAACGAUGAACACGUCAACAAGCUGUGGGCGAGUCUGCCGUUUUUAAUCCACUCCAAACACUAUGUCAGCUUUGACACCACAGACUUGAUGCAAAUGUGCCGCAACUGCCACCACCUUUGCUUGUCAAACUCGCGUUUUCAAGAGUUGGUCAGCUCUUUUGGCUCGAAUAUUCCGAAUGUGCGGAGCUUGACCAUUAAUGGUCUGAGCCACUUCACGCUUGAGGAAAGAGAAUGUGCUUCGAUGAUCGCACUGAAGAACUUGGAGGUCCUUCGCAUCGAAGACGUUUCCGUGCGUUUGUCUGGAGUGGUGGCAAUCACGCAGCAAUGUGAGAAAUUAGAAAAAUUCAACGCGAACCAUGUCUACUUGGACGAACCCUCAUGCGAGACCUUCAGGGAGGACUUUUUGUUCGUGAACAUCAUCGCAAACAGUUUCCGGGAAAUCGACCUGACCAUGCAAAAAACGAUGCCCAUAAAAGAAUUCCCGAACUGUGCAGCAUUUCCGCGAUACACCCUUUUGACUAUCGACCCAAAGGAAUUCGCAGAUUUCGAUUUGCUGCCAGGAUUGGCACAAGUGACGGAACUCCGGUUUUCGUCCCUUCAACUGGAAAUCGUUGAAGAUGAAGGGGUCGAAUUUCCGACCUGUGCAGAACUGAGAAUCGCCCGGAUUGCUGUCUUCAGAUCUGAACAUCUGCUUGUGAGGCGUUUCUUGGAGACGAACGGCCUUGCUCUUCGAGAACUGACACUGGAAGGCAUCAGCUUUUCGGACGAGGAGUUCACCCUUGGCGACAUGUUCAGCCUCUGCCCAAACCUGAAUUCAUUAGAAUUCAUUGAUUGUGAUCUUUCCGGAGUUGAUGCACCGAUGGAGGCGUUGCCCAGACUCGACAAAUUCAAGUGGAACUGGGAGAUUCAUGUUCGGGAUUUGAUCGGAGACCCACAUUUAUGGGAAAGCCCUAAAUCUUGUUUCGCUUUGGAUUGUGGAUCCGGUGAAGACACCGGAAGUGUCGCAUACCAAAUGCGGCAAAAUCAGAAAAAGUUUGAUUUAGUUAAUGGCGGCGCCUCGCUCAGCGCCACCAACGCCGGCUCGCAGACGGCCACUUUCGGCUCCGAUGGCUCGUCUUCCAUUUCUGCCUCUCACUCAGGAGCCAACAGCAACAACGGCCAGUCGGCGGCCAAUGCAGGAUCGCAGACGGCCACUUUUGGAGCCAAUAAGGGCCCUAGUAAACCAACAGCCCACCUGAAAAUUUCAGGUAUAACAUCAAACCCCGGCUCCCAGUCUGCCAGUUUCGGCUCGAACGGCGGCGCCUCUUUGGCCGCAGGCACGGCCGGCGCCUCGGUGAACAACGGCCACGCCACCGCCAACGCGGGCACCCAGACGGCCACAUUCGGCGCCAACGGCGGCGCCAGUCUCGGCGCCGGCUACGGCAGCGCGCAGGCCGGCGGCGGCCACUCGGCGGCCAACGCCGGCUCGCAAACGGCCACUUUCGGCGCCAACGGCGGCUCCUCGCAGGCCGGAUCCUUCGGUGGGGCACAGGCCGGCGGCCACGCGGCGGCUACGCGGCCUCCGCCGACCACGACGACGACAACGCGGCGGCCGAAGAAGAAGCGGCCGACGCAGCGGCCGUUCGUGCUCAGCCCGGCGUGGAUCCGCACUCCGCGGCCGCAGAAAACCGACAACGAGCAGCCCGUCCGGCGGCCACUCGGCUGGCUGCUCAACGGCGGGCCGCUCAACAACCUGCUCGGCCUCGGACACAGACGCAGACAACAGCAGCAGCAGCAGGCGGCCGAAACGCAGGAAAUCUCUAUUUGGUGAUUGAAUUUUUUUCUCUUAAAUAUUUUUAACGGGUCACAAAAAGGCAGUUUCGCCCUUUUUGUUAACACUUGCCGAUUAAUUCUUAAGCAUUUUAU